AUGGCCACUUGGAUGUUUUUAUCUCCGGAACAAGAACAUCCAACUUCUAACUCCCUAACUAAUACUACAUUAUGGCUUCACGAUUCCCACGUCAGCGCGAUCCCCGUGCCUCUUCCUCUCUCUUCGAUCAAUAUGGCGGCGACUCCCGCCAAGCGAGCAGAUCACCAGCCCAACAGAGCUAUGGAUAUGGAGGAUACUCAAGUCCUGCAAAUGGAUAUACAGAAAGCCCUGGAGCCUAACUUGACCAGGGGUCACUACUCGGACGCUGUACUCUCAUCACUAGAGUCGCAAAACGACGCUGAAGUGGAAGGAAUCAGCGCCAAAGUCAAGAUGCUGAAAGAUAUCACACUUGCCAUUGGAGACGAAAUCCGCGAUACGACACACAUGAGCGAGCUGGAAGAUUCCUUCGAUAAUACACGAGUCCGACUGCGCGGGACUAUGAACCGCAUGAUGCGCAUGGCGGAUAGCACUGGAGUCGGCUGGCGGGUCUGGCUUGGCUUCUUUGUUGCUGUGUUCCUACUGUUCUUCUACGUGUGGAUUUUCUGA